GAACACAGCUCGCUACCAGCAAUGUCCCUCUUCCCGCCUGCAGCGCCUGGCGUGGAGCCCGCGGCAGGGUUCGCGGUGCCACCCCGCGCGGCGGGCGGGGGAGUCGGCGGGGCAGAGAGCGGUGCCGGUUCGAGGGGGCCAGGCGGGGCAGGCGUCGCGUCAGCUGGAACGACGGCCGCGCUUCGUGGCCUCACCUUCGGCGCCGCUGCCAGGUCGCUGGGCUUCUCCGAGGAUCUCCUCAAGCCUUACGUGGAGGCGCUCGGGGGCGCGUGGGAGAGCACCUCCGUGAGCGACGUGUACGGCAGCCUCGACGGUGACAUGUACGAGGCGCUGUGGGCGGUUAAGACCGAGGAGGGCGUCGACAUCACCCCUAUCGCGCGCGGCCAGCUCCGCGCCUCGUUGCGGGGCCUGGCGCACGCGGUGGGGCUGCCCCCCCCGCUCCUGGGCGACAUGCCGCCCGUGGUCAGCCAGGGGCCCCUGCAGGCGCCGCAGGCCGCGGCGGCGGCGCCGGCGCAGCAGCCCGAGGUGUACGAGAUGAGCAGCGUCAUCGACCAGGGGUCGAAAAUCAAGUUCACGAUGCUCCCUGCCCUGAAGCUCAAGGAACUCAACGCGAACUACGUGCGGGAGACUGGGCGCCCGCCCAGGGACUACGAGGACACGACGGACGUCCAGCUCUCGGCUCUGGCCGCCCGGCUCGCCGCGGGCGAGGCGCCGCACGUCGACUUCAGUGUCUUCGGACCCUUUGGGAAACGGAUCCAGCGGCUCAUGAACUUCCAGGCCGACGUCUGGGUGAGCGGCCAGCUGGUGAAGAAGAAGCUCGCCGGGCCAGAGAACUUCGAGACUUGGCGGAAGGGCUGGCGAGUCUUCCGCGUGGCGGCUAUCAAGCUCCAACUUUCGAGGCCGGGUCCCAUCGACGAUUUUGAGGAAGGGGUGCGGCUCCUCAACUCGACCUUCCCCCGUGACUGGGGGGCCGUUUUCCUGACCGUCUGCCACUGCUUGGAGGAGCGCUGGCAUCAGGUCCGCACGAAGAUCGAGGACUUGGUGGAGAAGGGCAAGUUCCAGGGCGACUUCGACCGGGAGCGCCCCUGGGAAGCCGUAUUCUCUUACACGGCCUACGACAGCGGGCAAGACUCGCAGUGGUGGAAGAUCCACUUGGAGCUCCCGUGCCUGACCGGCAGGACGGGCGGCCGCUCUCGCACGUCGGAGGUCGAGGGCGGCCCAUCAGCCGUCGACCAGAUCGAGCGGCAAUCCGAUAAGCGGGCUGCUGACCACCGCGGCGACGGCUCUGAACGCCCCACGGGCGCUGGGGCGAAGAGGGCCAAGAAGGCGAAGUCUCAUUGGCAGCAGGUCAGGGACAACAACGCGGCCGGAGAGACCAAGGACGGCCGGUUCACGAAACACCAGGGCGUCGAGUUGUGUUUCAACUGGAACCGCAACUACCCUUACAAGGACGGCCUCUCCCAGGCCGGGUACCUCAACAAGCAUUGCCCCAAUAAGGCUUCGGGGCCCGCCGGGCGCGCUGGCGGCGCUGCCGGGGGGCCCGCCGGGGCCGCCGGGCGCGCUGACGACGCAGCCAGGGCUCGCGCGCUGCCGGGGCGUCGCGGACUGGCCCGCGCGUGGGGCUCCCACCUCGGCGCGCUGGCGAAGCUGCAGCGUCGGCUCGGGGAGCUCCGGGCGCGGGGGGGCCAGCGGGCGCGUCGCGGCGACGCUCCGGCCGCAGCUCGUCCGACGCCGCCCGCGCUGGCGCAGCCGGCUGGCUACCCCGGCCAAGACAUGUGGGAUCGGAGACGCGUGCGGCCCCGUCGACCACCCGGCGAGCCGGAGGGCCCAUCCGCGCGUGAGGAGCGGUCGGCCCAGGAUGCCCUCUGCACCGCCGGCCUCCGCAACCCUCACAGGGUAGUGAAGGCGUGGGGCGACCUCCAGGAGGCCAUGGCGGUUGUGCGGGCAGCCCUUCUGCGGGCGCGGGCACGUGAGCCCGCUCUGGUCGGGAUGGUGGGCGCGCGCGGGCAGCGGCCCUCUCGCGCGCCCCCGCCCGAGUCUGCUGUCGCGUCUGCCCGCGCCGAGGUGGCAGCGGCCCUGGGUUUGGGGAUGGCGCAGGCCGAGGAGCACCAUCCGUCCUCCCCACUGCGGCACGAGAUCUUCGCGGAGUGCGCCCGCCGGUCGAAGGACCCCGACGUGCACGUGCCCAUCUGGCUCCGGGAGGGAGCCCCGAUGGGCAUCCGGCGAGCGAUCGCCCCCGGCGGCCAUUUCCCGUUGGCGGCCGCAGAGGCGACCCUUUCAGUGGACGCCUUCCGCAGGGAGUUUUGUUUUUCAGGAAACCAUCGCUCGUUCGUGGAUGAUUUCGGCGAGAACGAGGCGCCGACGCUCCCCCUCGUCCGGGAGUACCUGGAGAAGGGGUUCGGCCGAGCAUUUCCGUCUCGCGAGGCCGCCGAGGAGGUCUUCGGGCCCACGUGUCCCGCGCCGCUCGGAAACGUCCGGAAGCGGAAGCAGGGCGGGGACGGCUGGAAGAACCGCAUCAUCCAGGACUUGAAGGCAUCGCGGGUGAACCUCCUCAGCUCCACUCCCGAGCGGGCGGUGCUGCCCCGUGGCAUCGACCACGCCGUGGACAUGGCGACCCUCUUUACGGCGGACGGAGCCGACCACGGGGAGAUCCUCGUCAUCGACUUCUCAGACGCCUUCAUGUCGUGCCCGCUCCACGAGAGCGAGCGCCCGUACAAUUGCGCCGAGGUGCGGGGCCUCGAGGCGGAGAACGACUACACGUUCAUCGUGUGGGCGGUGCUCGGGUUCGGGGGAAAGGCGAAUCCCCUGGUCUGGGCCCGCGUGGCCAGCGCGGCGGCGCGGACUGCGCAGGCGCUGACGCUGAGCGGGGGCCUGCGGCUCCAGCUGUACGUGGACGACCCAGCGCUGGCGGUGCAGGGCCCUCCGCGGGCGUGCGAGCAGGAAUUCGAUCUGGCCUUGCUUUGGUGGCUCGUGCUCGGGCUGCGCAUCGCGUGGAAGAAGGGCCGCCACGCGCACGGGCCCCUCCGCGGGGGCCCGCGUCCGGCCCUGGAGCACGAGUGGAUCGGCAUUCGCUUCGCGAUGGCCGAGGAUUGUGCCGUCAUGGGGCUCACCCAGAACUUCAUCGAUGAGUUGCUGGAGCUCCUCCGCCACUUCAUGGCGAAGAAGGGCCAUGCGCCGAUCAAGCAAGCGCGGUCGUUGGUGGGGAAGGCAGCCCGGGUUGCUCAGAUCAUCCCGGCCGCGACCCCGUUCGCCGCGGCCUUGUGGGCGGCGCUGACGGGGGCCCUCCGCCAGGCGAACGCGGGGAAGCGGGAGUCCCCGCCGAACACGGUGCCGCUCCAGCGCUUCUUCACCGCGGCUCGCUGGUUCCGCGCGUUGCUGGAGCCAGUCGACGAGGCGCGCCGACCCGAGUGCUUCUUCCCGCUGGAGCGGCGAGUGUAUCCGCGCCCCGACGCGGUUCAGUGGCCGCGAUCCAGAUACCACGUUGAAUUUGACGCCUGCCCCUGGGGGGGCGGCGCCGCGCUGUUCGAGGGCGCGACCCCAGUCGAGUGGUUUGCGACUUCGUGGGACCACGAGGUGCUCGACGUCUUCGGAGCCGUUCUGGGCUUGGCAAAGUAUCAGAGCCUCUGGGAGUUCAUCACGCUCCUCCUCGCGCUCAUCAUUUGGCGGUGCCACGCGGAGCACGCCGUGCUCUACGUCCUCGGGGACAACGUGGCGGCCUUGCAGGACGCGAUGCAGCUCAAAGGCAGCGGAGACAUGCUCGUCGUCGCCCGGGGGAUCGCCUGGCGGGCAGCUCGGUGGCCCCUGCACUUCGAGUGCGCCCACUUGCCCAAGGAGCUCAACCUCGUCGCCGACUCCCUGAGCCGUUUGGCGGCCGUGCCUCCCGCGGCGUUCCCAGCUAGGCUGCACGGCGUGCCGCGGAGCCCCGUGCCCGCGUGGCGCCAGGCCAUGAAGGCGGCGCCGCCGCUCGGCUCCCGGGGCAAAGGUCCCCGGGGGCGGGGCGGGGCCGCCCCCGCGGGCGCCCAGCGGGCGUCCGGGGGGCGGCCGGGCGCCCCCCUGGGGAAUUCUGAGCGCACCCUGGCGGGCGCUCAGAAUUCGCUGGGCGGUGGCUGGGCGCCCCCGGGGAAUUCUGAGCGCACCCUGGCGGGCGCUCAGAAUUCGCCGGGCGGCGGCCGGGCGCCCCCGGUGGGCCGGCUCCGCGCCGUCGCCCACGGCGCGCCGCGCGCGCCAUGUGCGCCUUCCAGCCACGGUGGGAUCUGGCAGCCAGCCUGGCAGGACGCAAACGGCGUCAGGUUGGGCAGGAUCCAGGGGGAGGCCGCGCGGCCGUCGAUCCCUGGGUUGCGGGGCGAGGCGCCAGGGAGGCGCCAGUACCGGAGGGGGUGCCUUGCGGACCUCACGUCGGCGCAGGCCCAGGCCCGCGCCCUCGAGCAGUUCGACGCGGAAGUGCUGGCGACGACGACCGCGAACUCGGAGGCGUCGCGCCGCCGGACGCUCAAGGCCAUCUUCGAGCAGUGGGGCGUCGAGAUGAUCCCCCUGACCCGGCCGGAGAUCAGGCGGCUGGGCGCUUCGCUGAAGGCUGGCGGAUACAGGUCCGCAGCCCUGUACCUGUCGCUGGCAAAGAAGAUGCACGUGCAGGCCGACCUCGACUUCCCCCCCUCCUUGGGCCAAGCCUUGGCCGAGGCACGGCGUUCGUGCGAGCGGGGGCUCGGGCCAGACCGCAAGGUCGAGGGCAUUGCGAUGGAGACGUUAGCCCAGCUCCGGACGGACGCGACUCCGCUGGUUGCGGGGGGCCCCGCCAACCCCCGGUUGGCGCUGCUGGCGGGCGCCUGGUGGCUCACGCGCGAGAUCGAGCUUUCCGCCGCGCCCGCGCACAUGGUCACCUUCCACGCCGGGACGGACGGCCGACUCGCUUCCACGUGGCUGUUGCCCGCGUCAAAGACGGACACUCGGGCCUUAGGCGUGGCCCGCACACACGGCUGCUGCUGCGGCGCUGGGGUCUUCGGCAAUGCUUGCCCGGCCCACGCGCUGUGGGCCCAGCGGUCAUGGCUCAGGGCUCGGUUUCCUGCGCGGCAUUCGGCGGACGGCCUGCCCGCGCCUGACCUGGCCUUGUUCCCGGACCCCGAGGGCAAGGUGUGCGAGAAGGAUGCGGUCGUCGCCACCAUCCGGGCCGCCGCGGAGGCGCUCGGCCUGCCCGCGGUCUCUGCAGACGGCCUCCACCUCUGGGGAGGGCACUCUCUCGGGGUGUCCGGCGCCCAGAGCCUCGCCCGCGCUGGCUUGGACAUCUGGCUUAUCCAGUUGUUGGGGCGUUGGGGGAGCGACGCUGUCCUCGGGUACAUCCGGGCUGCGCCGUUGGCGGUGUCCACGGCCUGGGCGCUCCGGGCCUCUUGCGGCGCCUCCCCGGGCGCGUCGGUCUCGUUGAGCCUGGACGAGGUGGCGGGCCAGCUCGCGGCGACGUCAACAGGGCACCAGGCCCGACGUGAGGGCGCCACAGGUCCUGCGACGGCAUCGCGUCUCGACGAUCUUCUCGAGCGGGUUCGCUGCCUCGAGUCCAGCGCCGGGGCAGGGUCGCAGGAGCGGGCGACGAUCCGCCUCGACGUCGCGGAGAUAAAAAGGCACUUGGAUUGGGAGUCCCUUCGUCUUCGGGCGAUCAGCGAGGAAUCCUGCCAGGGCGCCCCCGCGUCGCCUUCGGCUGGCCUGGGCGAGGACGUCGCCCUCGUCAGGAAUGAGGCCAGUGGCGUGUACCAUGCUGUGCUGGUCUUCGACGCAGCUGGAGAGGACAGCCAAGGUCUCUGCAGGUGCCUUUGGCAUUUUGAGUGCGGCCGCAACGCCGUGCGCGUCAGUGCCCUUCCCCGGUUGUACAAAGACCUCUGCGGGCGCUGUUUCCCAGUUCUCCGCAGGGCGCGCAAGGCGGUGCUGUGCGGUAGUGCGGGCCCCGGCAGCGCUGGUCAG